AUGGCCAAUGAUCACAGAGCAAUACUAAGCCGGCUAACGUCCAGUGCGAGCGACACUGCUUCGAACAGCGGCACAAUACUGUCGAAAGCUGACUCUGGUUAUGUGACCAACACGGCCACCUCAAUCAGUGAAUUUGAGGAGGCUCCUCUCUUCCCGGCAGUCUCAAUACCUCCGCCUCCGAAUCCACUUGAUGCCAGCCAAAGCUUCCUAUGUCCUUAUUGCGCAUUGCCUAUACUAGUCGGCGAUUCGGAGUCCUCGUUACACCGCGCUGGGCCGCAUGUGCCCCCCUCGUCGAGCUGGAACACGCAUGAAGAAAGCUCCGAGCACGCCCAACCUCAUGCUCAGACACCCCAGAAAUUGCGGGAGGCCACGGUGAUGGAUGUAGCUACCAGUGCAGACUGGGCUACACAUGUCUUUGCGGACCUCGAGCCAUAUCUGUGCACAUCCGACCAAUGCUUACAAGGUGCAAAGACUUAUUCUACACAAGAAGACUGGAUACAGCAUGAGCUUUAUGCACAUCACAUACCCAAUGUUUGGGCCUGCGAGGCGUGCGGCCACGAGUGGCGAGACCAGACACUUUUCAGCGAGCACGUCGCGUUGAUUCACGACAUCCCACCCGAACAUAUGGCGGCCAUUGCAAGUUUGAGCAUGAAACCUUCGGCGAAGACUCCUUAUCAACUAACAUGUCCGCUUUGCCGUCUCGACUGUGCCUUUGAACUACAUUUCAAGCACGUGGCGGACCACUUACAGCAAUUUGCACUGAUAUCUAUUGACACGGAGGUUCCGGAGUCACCACAUCCGGUCUUGACGUCCUACCAAGGCGACAAAUACUCCGACCUGGUACGUUUCAUCGAAGAACAGUCUGAGAUGUCCCAAUUGCAGCAGACGCAAAAGGACGACUCAUUGACAGGCCUGUUCCAGCGCCUGUGGAAUGAUCAGCCCGGUCUGCAACCGGCGAGCGGCUCGCCAUCAAAGCCUCAACUUAGCCGCCCAAGAAUAAAAUCGAGAGGGCCUUCCUACACGUACAUGCAGAGGGUGCGCGAACUCAAGGUCGAGGAAGCAGCGAGGAGUGCAGCCACUACUCCUCUUGCACAAUGGAGGAGUAUCGAACCCACCGCCUCAGCCCAUUCGGGCCAAGGGACGAUCUGCACGUUACAACCCCCAUGGAAUCCCGACUUUGUCGGCCGCAUUGAUGACUUGGCAAAGAUCGACGACACGAUGAAGGAGAAGGGCCAUAUCACCAUCAUCCGUGGACCGGGUGGUAUGGGGAAAUCCGCGAUCGCUACAGCCUACACAUGGAAAUUCAAGAGCUGCUUUUCAUAUAUUUUCUGGGUUCCAGCGGAGACAGCCAUGAUAUGUGCUGACUCGUUCUGCGAGAUUGCGCUGAAGGUAAUACCGCAUGCCGAAACCAUUGCGGAGGAGGAGAGGUUGGUGAACUUGGCACGGGAGUUCCUCGAACAAACAUCAGAGCGAUGGCUCCUUGUCUUUGACAAUGUGGAUGAAGCAUUCGACCUCCGCAGAUUCCUGCCGGCAGACAUGUCCAAUACUCAUGGUUGCGUGUUAAUCACCACACGAAACAAAAACCUCGAUGUUUCACACCUAUCCACCGGCGCCUCCACGAUUGAUUUGCAUGCUCUGAAGCUGGAGGAGAGUCGUGAACUGCUUCUUAAAUCGGCCAACCGUGGGGAGCCUGUCGAGGAUAUGAGGGCACAUCCAGAAUACAAGCUAGCUGGAGAUAUCGCCAAGCGAGCAGAGAAGCUCCCGCUCGCACUCUCGCUCAUCGCUGGAUUUGUUCUUGCUUCGGAGUGCACGUUGGCGUAUUUCGUUGAGCUGUGGAAUGAAAGGCAGAUGUCACGCAAUGCUCAAGAAGCUCCUGCCGAUGCUGACGACGCCAUGGAGAUGGUGUGGAACAUUGGGUUGAGGGAGGUCCGGACCGAUUCUCGCCAACUGCUCAACAUCUUGGCGUUCUUUGACAGCGACAAUAUUCAAAAGGGGUUGUUGGUGGGCUCGCAUGAGGACCCUUCACUUGAAAUGCUGCAUUCACACUCACCAAUGAGAUGGAGCCGUAUGACGGCCGAGCUGUCUAAACGUCGCCUCAUCACUAUAAGAACUCAUGAUGGCGAGGAAGUCUUGAGCAUUCACCGCAAGCUGCAGGCAAAGAUCCUCGACGAGCUGAACCAACCCGACAAUGCUGCGGAGCGCCGGAAAGUGUUUGAGAGAGUUUUCUUGCUGAUCCGGGCUCGCUUCCCACGCCCGUCGCCGAUCCAAGUGCCUGAGCCCCACAAGUGGCCAACGUGCAGAAGAUAUUUACCUCAUAUCUUGAGCAUAAAGCGGUUAUGGCAGACCGGACUUGUUGAGAUUCCACCGUCUGUCAAGAUGGCCGAGCUGAUUUCUGACGCCGGCAUCGAUCUGUGGGAGAGAUGCUUGACUGUGGAGGGUUUGGAGCUCCUCCGAUCUGCCGAAGCCAUCCUCGACCAAGGCGACUUUCAGGAAGAUCACCUGCGGGCCAACAUACAUGUUGUUGUGUCGUUGCUUUUGCAAGACUCGGGGAUAGCGAAUCUCGCCGAGUGCAGAGAUCGAAUCACGAAAGUGAUCACGAUUCGAGUUCGACACCGGGAGGAAUGCGAUCCAGCAACCUACACGAAGAACGACGACAUCCUCCUUGGCAAUGCAUGGUCCGACUAUGGUUGUGUCCUGUUGCAAUACAACAAUUACAAAGAAGCAGCCCCAAUCUUCGAUAACUGCCUCGAGAAAUAUCACGAGUGGGGUCCUCCGGAAGAAAUCCCGUACGAGUACGCAAAAUACCACCACCACAAGGCAUAUUGUCUUAUGUACGAGGGAAAAUUCGAACAAGCAGUUCCCAUGGCUGAGCAGGGAUUGCAUUGGGUGCAGGUGGCUACCGGACAGUCAGCUGCCACCAAUCGGUGGCGAUUCGACCUUGCCUGUCUGGUGCUGCAAAGUGGUGACAGGCAGCGUGCUCUGAAUCUGCACAAGGAGGUUUUGGAAGCCAGGCUAAAACUGCAUGGCAAAUUCGGUCUAUUGACCUUUCAAAGCUAUUAUGCAGUUGGCGCGGCGCAUAGGUGGCUGGGUCAGUUGAACGAGGCAGAGCAAUACAUGCGCAAGGUCAUUGAGAUUGACCAGAGUCGCCCUGGAAUCUGCACAGAAGCCGGCCUUGCUCAAACUCAAUUCAAUCUUUCGGAAAUUCUCGGACUUCGAGCAGAACAAGUGAAGGAUGGGGGAAAAGAGCCGCGCCUGUCGAGCGAAAUGGUUUCCGCACUUCUGGAGGAAUCGGCCGUCUUAGCCCAGCGGGCCCGGAAGGCGAACAUCGAGGACAGCAGCUCGAUGCCGAUGCACCGCUCACGGCGGACUCGAGUGGUAUCCCAAAGGAACACGAACUAG